UAUAUCGCAAGCGAUUUAAGGCGAUUUACCGCCCCAGAGUAGGCGUUAUAUGGAGCCACCUCAAGUUAAGUUAAUGUUAAUCCCAAAUUUAUGACAUUAUUUUACUUCUAGCCGGAUUUAACGAAGUCCAUAAAACAUCGGGAGAAAAUUGAGAAUUUGGGAGCGUUGGAGGAAGAACAUUUGACAAAGGUAAAAUUCGAAUGGAAAGAGAAAACCAAAAUUAUGUCUAUAAUCAAUUUUUGCGAUGUCGCGUAUUUGCAAUGAAAAUAUUUCAAAACCAAAAUCCUUUUGGCAUUCUUCUCAAAAUUGCUUUGUUUUGCCUUUAUUUUGUAGUUUACACAGUUAAGAACCUUUUUAAAUAUAUCUGGCGGUUAAGAAAUACAAACUUACAUUUAAAUAUUGUCGAUUUAAAAUGAAUACAAAUAUCAUUAAUGCUGUAAAAUUGACGCCAUAUUCAUACAGCAAUGUGAGCAAAACUUACUGAACUUCAGACAUAAUUUUCUCUUUGGCGUACCAUCUAAAAUCUCUUCAGUUGAGCAUAAUCUUACAGAUAAUUAGCGCACUAAACAUACUUUUUAAGCUUGUUUCUCGCUUGAGAAACGUAUAAAAUAAAUCGAUUGUAGUCAUAACAAAGUGGAAAAUGAUGUUCAUUAGUUUUGAGCGCGUGUUACGUAACAUACAAAAGAUUCUCCUCUAUAAAAAUAUAAUCCAUUUCCACUAUCAAACUCACCUUCAUACAGGUAUUUUAGCAAGUGUACUAAUAAUACCAUGUUUCACAUCAGCAUAUCACUUUCAGUUAUGGAAAUUAAGAUAACCAGAAAUUCUAGGCUGGUUGCCGGUUUGCAGGAAGUAAACCAAAUUAUUGUGUUCUGGCGCUUUCAGAAUAAUGUAAAUUAGACUGUGCCAUCUAACACUCCCUCAAUCUCACUGAAUAGUUUUUACUGUAGGUUGGACUACCGUUAAAGAAUUUUUCCGGGGACAAACGUUUCUCACUAGGGAAAGGUUCUAUGGGCACGUCCGUUUUUGUUGGUAUUUUGAAAGAUGGCAGUGAAGUGGCUGUAAAGCGGAUGCUGGUUGAAUCGUGUGAAAAUGCAGCAGAAAAUGAGAAAAACAUCCUGAGUCUCAUCAACACCAAGAAAUCACCAUUUAUAGUGAGUUAUCGCCAUUUUCUUAAGGACAUUACCUUCAUGUACCUGAUUGUUGAUCUCUGUGAAGAAACAUUGGAUGAACAUGUGGAUUCUCAAAAUAUUCAACAUCUACGAAUACACGGUCGAAGAAUGAUCAAAGAAAUGUUAACUGGACUUAAAUGUCUUCAUAAUCAAGGAAUUUUGCAUAGAGAUCUCAAACCAUCAAAUAUCCUGGUCGAUGUCGAGGGUCACAUGCGAUUGGCAGACUUUGGAAUAAGUACCGUUCUAAACGAGGACGAAACCACAGCUCAUACCGAUGCGAAAGGAACGGGAGGCUGGAUGGCUGCUGAAGUUAUCGCGACCAUAAACCAAGUAGGUAAAGGACGUUUUAAAAAGAAAUCCGAUAUUCAACCUGCAGGUAUGAUUGUUUUCUUCAUUUUAACCAAAGGUGGACAUCCCUUCGGCUCCACUUUGUAUGAUCGUAUGACACAUAUUAUGAAUGGUAAUCCAGUUAACAUGGACACCCUUGAUGACCCUGAUGCUCGACGGUUUGUUUCACGUUUGAUCAGCCAUAGGAUUGAUGAUAGACCAUAUGCUGAUCAAGCAUUGUUACUUCCUUUGAUGGUUAAUAUGCAUUAUGAGGGGACAUCUAGGCCUGCAAGUACUUCUGGAGGACUAUGACAAUGGAUUAUUAAGAAACUGACAAAACAGUGACAACACAAAUGUUUGGACGGUUCUUGUUAAUAUUUGAAAUUAGGUUUACACAUUACUGGCGGGCAACGCAAUGGCUUAAAUUUGGUCGCGUAGCUGACGGAAGAGAAGUUGGAAGACGCGCAAUAAUUUUCUCGUCAGAUGUGACAAGUGCUAAUGUAGAGUUUUCCAAAUCAAAUUAAUUUUAGACACAAGUUUAAAAAAUUAUUUUACUUAUUAUGCAUUAUUUUACUUAUUAUGCUUAAAUUAUUUUCAAUCUGAAUAGUCAUUAAUCUUAUACGUAGGCGGAACUGUCAAUAAUUGUACGUUGUGUCAGUAUAUGUAUAUUGUAUAUGUGUCAGUAUAUGUAAACCACUGUAAAUAUCACAUCAUUCACUUUAAUCUACCCGUCGAAGACUGCAGACUGGCAGUCGAAAGCUCGUCCAAGUAAAUAUUUUUAACCAAUGAACGUUUGAAACUCUGAAUGUGAAUAUGAAUCCUGGUUUCGCAUCUAACAUCUUUAAACAAGUUUAAAAGUUUGUUCACUGUGAAGUGUCGUCGGAUCGAUUGGAACAAAAAAUAUUAUGUUGUCAAUAGUUAUUAUGUUCUCAAGUUUACCAUACUAAAGAUCCUUUAAAAGUGUUUGAAUUUGUAACCUUUUAGCAUUAAAUUGAUUUUGCCAUGUGUCGCCAGUAGAGUGUAAACUAGGAGUUAUACCUUCGACUAGCCAACGACAGUAGAUUAGCUGCACCCAAUAUAUUUUUAACUAGCCAUUAAAGCGGUUUUCAUUGGUUAGGUGGCUGAAUAUAAUUAGUUGUAAUUUUUCAAAAUGUUUAGGAACGAACUUUCCCUAAGUCUCAUGUUAAUAGUAUAUUUUGUGUUCAAUAUAUAGACCACAGUAAGACUUUUUUUAAAUGUUUAUUUCAUUAACAAACGACGUUUCGGAGAUUUACUCCAUCUUCAGGUAGUAGGAUUACACUUUGAAUUUAAACUAACAUGCGCAUGC